AUGCCUCGAUUUCGUCCCGUCCUCUUCUCCCUCGCACUGCUGCUCAUCUCCGUCUCCGUCACCCUCCCCUUCCUCACCUUCCGCCUGCCGCCUCUCCAUCUCCCCGCCCUCGCUCGCCGCGACCUUCGCCGCUUCUUCCGCUCGCCUUUUAUUUCCCACCAGCAGCAGCAGCAGCAGCCUUUCGAUUCUCGUUCACCCGAGCGUGUCGAACUUGAGAAGCCGUUUGAGGCUCGGCAAACCGAGCCUCAUUGCUCGUCUCGUGUCGUGUCGUCGGUCAACAGAGCAUGGAGCGUUCGCUCGUCCCUUUCCGUUCGCUCGUCCCUUUCCGUUCGCUCGUCCCUUUCCGUUCGCUCGUCCCUUUCCGUUCGCUCGUCCCUUUCCGUUCGCUCGUCCCUUUCCGUUCGCUCGUCCCUUUCCGUUCGCUCGUCCCUUUCCGUUCGCUCGUCCCUUUCCGUUCGCUCGUCCCUUUCCGUUCGCUCGUCCCUUUCCGUUCGCUCGUCCCUUUCCGUUCGCUCGUCCCUUUCCGUUCGCUCGUCCCUUUCCGUUCGCUCGUCCCUUUCCGUUCGCUCGUCCCUUUCCGCUCGCUCGUCCCUUUCCGUUCGCUCGUCCCUUUCCGCUCGCUCGUCCCUUUCCGUUCGCUCGUCCCUUUCCGUUCGCUCGUCCCUUUCCGUUCGCUCGUCCCUUUCCGUUCGCUCGUCCCUUUCCGUUCGCUCGUCCCUUUCCGUUCGCUCGUCCCUUUCCGUUCGCUCGUCCCUUUCCGUUCGCUCGUCCCUUUCCGUUCGCUCGUCCCUUUCCGCUCGCUCGUCCCUUUCCGUUCGCUCGUCCCUUUCCGUUCGCUCGUCCCUUUCCGUUCGCUCGUCCCUUUCCGUUCGCUCGUCCCUUUCCGUUCGCUCGUCCCUUUCCGUUCGCUCGUCCCUUUCCGUUCGCUCGUCCCUUUCCGUUCGCUCGUCCCUUUCCGUUCGCUCGUCCCUUUCCGUUCGCUCGUCCCUUUCCGUUCGCUCGUCCCUUUCCGCUCGCUCGUCCCUUUCCGUUCGCUCGUCCCUUUCCGCUCGCUCGUCCCUUUCCGUUCGCUCGUCCCUUUCCGCUCGCUCGUCCCUUUCCGCUCGCUCGUCCCUUUCCGUUCGCUCGUCCCUUUCCGUUCGCUCGUCCCUUUCCGUUCGCUCGUCCCUUUCCGUUCGCUCGUCCCUUUCCGUUCGCUCGUCCCUUUCCGUUCGCUCGUCCCUUUCCGUUCGCUCGUCCCUUUCCGUUCGCUCGUCCCUUUCCGUUCGCUCGUCCCUUUCCGUUCGCUCGUCCCUUUCCGUUCGCUCGUCCCUUUCCGUUCGCUCGUCCCUUUCCGUUCGCUCGUCCCUUUCCGUUCGCUCGUCCCUUUCCGUUCGCUCGUCCCUUUCCGUUCGCUCGUCCCUUUCCGCUCGCUCGUCCCUUUCCGCUCGCUCGUCCCUUUCCGUUCGCUCGUCCCUUUCCGUUCGCUCGUCCCUUUCCGUUCGCUCGUCCCUUUCCGUUCGCUCGUCCCUUUCCGUUCGCUCGUCCCUUUCCGUUCGCUCGUCCCUUUCCGUUCGCUCGUCCCUUUCCGUUCGCUCGUCCCUUUCCGUUCGCUCGUCCCUUUCCGUUCGCUCGUCCCUUUCCGUUCGCUCGUCCCUUUCCGUUCGCUCGUCCCUUUCCGUUCGCUCGUCCCUUUCCGUUCGCUCGUCCCUUUCCGUUCGCUCGUCCCUUUCCGUUCGCUCGUCCCUUUCCGUUCGCUCGUCCCUUUCCGUUCGCUCGUCCCUUUCCGUUCGCUCGUCCCUUUCCGUUCGCUCGUCCCUUUCCGUUCGCUCGUCCCUUUCCGUUCGCUCGUCCCUUUCCGUUCGCUCGUCCCUUUCCGUUCGCUCGUCCCUUUCCGUUCGCUCGUCCCUUUCCGUUCGCUCGUCCCUUUCCGUUCGCUCGUCCCUUUCCGUUCGCUCGUCCCUUUCCGUUCGCUCGUCCCUUUCCGUUCGCUCGUCCCUUUCCGUUCGCUCGUCCCUUUCCGCUCGCUCGUCCCUUUCCGUUCAUGCCGCUAUAGCCGUUAUACACCCAGUCAAGAGGUUGCACGCGAAAUAUUCGCAGCUGGUUCGGCAGCAUACAGCCCUCACAUUGGCCCAUUCAGCCCUCCUGUUCCAAGCCGAGCAGCAGCAACGCACCAUUGGUUCACUGCAAACCCAAUCAGAAAAUGCCAGCUUGGCGAUCAACCCUGUGAUUUCCAACGGAUCACCUCAAAGAGCACAUGAUAUGCAUGAAGCAACGCCGAGCCGUGCGAGUGCUUCUGAGGCACACUCUAAUAACGAACGUUCUACUAACGGGUCUGCCGAAGGCCCUGAAGCUGCCAGGGGAGUUUCCAGCACAGAUGCAAGCAGCGCAGUCUCAGGGGCGCCAGAGUUGCCUGCCGAACCAAAAUCUGACGAUUCCGAAGCUGCGAGUUCAGGCUCGGUUGCAGGUGCGGAGGGUGAGUGCGAGAGUGCGCUGAUGGCGUGCCAGCAGCAGCAGGAGCUGAUGAAACUGGCCGGGGGAGGUGGGGAGGGAGGCGAGGGCGGCGAGGGGGGAGUGGGAGACAUGGUGCAGGAGCUGGCAGCCGGCAUGAAGAGCCUCGACGCGUCCUUCCGCCUCGCGCUCGUGAGUGCAAGGGGGGGGGCAGUGUGA